GAACGAAACAUUCUCUAUUCGAAUACUUGGUGGAGUAUAAAAUAAAAUAUUUAAAUAAAUGUGUAUAAAAUAAUAUAAAAUCAAAACAUUAAAUAAAUAUUAAAAAAAUUUUUUUGAUGUGUAUAAAAAAUUAAAAAUUAAAAUAAACAAAACAAUAUUUAAAUCCUUAAAUGAUUUUAAAAGUUCUAAUUUAAGAAAGUUUUUCAAUCAUUAUAUUAUUUUAAAAAUAAAAAUUUUAUUUUUUAUUGAGUAAAAAUGAAGGAUUUUAGUGUAGGGGCGUAUAUUGAGGAGGUGGCAAAAACACAUACAAAACCUUCUUCACAUAAUAAAAAUUUAAAUUGUGAUAGUAAUUUUAAUACGGGACUAGAAGAUUUCGGUGAUAAAUUUGAUGAAAUAGAUUAUGAUAAAAUUGAUUCAAAUGAAGUUGGUUUUCCAAAACGAGAAGCUGUUGAUAUCGAAUUUCAAAAUUUAAAAUAUAGAGUACGAAAAUUUUCAUUUCAAGAAAAAAAAUUUGUCACAAAAGAAAUUUUACAUGGUGUUAAUGGAGUUUUUCGUUCUGGAGAACUCACAGCUAUUAUGGGGCCAUCAGGGGCAGGAAAAAGUACAUUAUUAAAUGCUGUCAGUGGUUUUAUAGCAACUUGUGUUUCUGGAAUAAUUCAAGUAAAUGGUGAACCAAUAUCAACACAUAGUGAUAGUUAUAGAAAAUUAUCAGCUUAUAUACAUCAAGAUGAUUUAUUGAGGCCUGUUUUAACAACUGGUGAAACAAUGAUGAUUGCAGCACAUUUUAAAUUGGGUUUUAAAGUUUCAAAGGAAUAUAAAUUAACACUUGUUAAGAAAAUCUUAAUACUAUUAGGAUUAGAGAAACGUUUCAAUACAUUUACAGUAAAAUUAUCUGGUGGACAAAAGAAACGUUUAGCAAUUGCAUUAGAAUUAAUUAGUAAUCCAUCCGUUUUAUAUUUAGAUGAACCUACAACUGGGCUAGAUUAUUCAUGUUGUAUACAAGUUGUUUCAUUACUAAAACGUUUGGCUAAUGAAGGACGUACUAUAAUUUGUACGAUACAUCAACCUAGUGCUUUAUUAUUUGAAAUGUUUGAUAAAUUGUAUACUGUUGUAUCUGGACAUUGUAUGUAUCAAGGACGUGUUAGAGAAUUAAUACCAUUUUUAAGAGAAAUGGAUUUAAUUUGUCCUAAUUAUCAUAAUCCAGCUGAUUUUCUAAUGGAAGUUGCAGUUGGAGAACAUGAUACAGAUUUAGAAAAACUUAUAAGAGCAGCAGAUAAAAAGUAUUAUGAAGAUUCAGAUCUUUAUGAAUUGGAUAAAUUAAAUAAAUUAAUAUGUAAUAUUAAAAUUAAAAUAGAGAAUUCUCAAAGUUAUCCAGAAAAUGAGAAAUUGAAUAUUUUAAAUGCAAAAAAUUCAAAUCACCAAAACAACAUUGAAUUAAGUGAUAAAAAGAAUGAAAAUGAAAAAACUAUUAAUUCACCAGCUAACAUUUUUAUUCAAUUCUUACUUCUUUUCCAAAGACAAUUACUUUGUUAUAAAAGAAAUUAUUUUAGUUUAUUUGCUAGAAUUAUAUCACAUGUGGUAGUAGGUUGUGUAUUUGGUUAUUUAUAUAGUAAUGUGGGUCCCGGUGCUACAACAGUUCUUGGAAAUUAUGUAUACAUAUAUGGAUCAGUUUUAUUAUUGGUUUAUACAGGAAAAAUGGCAGUUGUACUAUCACUUCCGCUUGAAAUGAAGAUGCUGAGUAGAGAACAUUUUAAUCGAUGGUAUAAAGUUGGACCAUAUUAUUUAUCAUUAAUAUUAUUCGAAAUACCAUUUCAGGCGAUAUGUACUUUGUGUUAUGUAUUAAUCACAUAUUAUUUAACUGGGAAUACAGAAACUGAUGCAUUCAGAUUGUAUUAUUUUUCAAUAUUAGCAAUUCUUGUAUCUUUGAGUGCUCAAUCAUGGGGUUUCUUUGUUGGUGCUACCAUGCCAACUAAGAUUGCUGUUUUUAUUGGUCCAAUAUUGGCAGUUUUAUUUUCUGUAUUUGGUUUUUGUACAAGAUAUAUUGAUAUUACACCAAUGUUAAGAUGGAUGUGGCAUUUAAGUUAUUUUCGUUUUGGUUUUCAUGGAAUAUUAAAUGUUGUUUAUGGAAUGAAUAGAGGAUUAUUAAAUUGUCCAAAACAAGAAGUUUAUUGUCAUUUUAAACAUCCAAAAAUAUUUUUAGAAUAUAUGAUGAUACAAGAUGUUACAAUGGAAUAUGCAAUGUCAAUGAUGGCAGCUGUUAUUCUAGUCAUGCAUUUCUUGACAAUAAUUGUUAUUUGGUACAAAUUGACUAAAAAAAACAUGACCGAUUCAAUAAAAUAUAAUUGCGGAACAGAAAUGAUUAAUCAAAAAAUGAAAAAAACUAAAAGGCCAAAUAACCUUCAAUUAAAAUUAUCAACAAAUUUAAAUUCAACAUAUGAUAAUACGACGGCUACAACAACAAUAACAACAACAACAUCAUCAUCAUCAUAUAAUCCUUCAACUUCUGAAAUAAAUACAAAAUCAAAUUAUACUAAUGCAUUACAAAAUAAUAUCAAAGGUUUAGAUAUUACAUUUAAAAAUUUAUGUUAUACAACAAAAGUAGAAUUUUGGAAAAAAGAAAAUAAACCAAUAUUACGUGAUAUAAAUGGCCAUUUUAAAUCUGGAGAGCUUUCAGCAAUUAUGGGACCAUCUGGUGCCGGUAAAAGUUCGUUACUUAAUAUUAUAUCAGGUUUCGUUGUGAAAAAUGUAACUGGAGAAAUUUUAGUAAAUGAUAAGGAACGUGAUUUAAAAUUUUUUCAGCCACAAUCAGCUUAUAUUACACAAGAUACAAAUUUACAUCCAUGUUUAAGUGUUGCAGAAGCAAUGAAUUUCUCAGCUAAUCUUAAAAUUGGAAAAAUUCUUUCAAAAUCAGAAAAACGUGAUCGAGUUAAAAAUAUUUUAGAAGCAAUUGGAAUGUAUGAAGUUAGAAAUGUACGAACAGCUAAAUUAUCUGGUGGUCAAAGAAAACGUUUAUCUAUUGCAUUGGAAUUGGUUAAUGAUCCUUUAGUAUUAAUCUUAGAUGAACCAACAAGUGGAUUAGAUAGUUCAACUUCAACACAAUGUGUUUCAUUAUUAAAAAAAUUAGCUUUAGAAGGACGUACUGUUAUAUGUACAAUUCAUCAACCAUCAGCAUUAGUUUUUGGUAUGUUUGAUCAUUUAUAUGCUUUAGCUGCUGGUCAAUGUAUAUAUGCUGGUUGUAUAGAAAAUUUAGUGCCAUUUUUAGGUGAUUUGAAUUUAAAAUGUCCAGAAUCAUAUAGUCCUUCAGAUUAUCUUCUUGAAAUUUCGACUAAUGAUUAUGGAUAUCAAAACGAAAGAUUAGUAGAAAAAAUUCAAAAUGGUUGUUCUGAUGCUUUUAGGAGAAGAGCUCAAACAAAAAAGCAAAUCGAAAUAAUGGGAAAAAUAGAUCAAAUGAUGCAAUCAGGUUUAAUGACACCCGUUACUGCUCCAGUACUACCAUUUAAAACAAAUAAACCGAGUAUGCCACCAAUUAAAGAAAUUUCCACAAGAUGGAGUGGCUCAAAUGAAGAAAAUAAUUCAACAAAAAUACUUUCAUCAUUUCCAAAAUCAUCAAAUUCAAAAAAAUUAAAAAAGCCCAGUAUUCAAAUUGAUCCGAUUUUAUUGUGCCAAAGACAAAAUCGUUAUGCUGCCUCAUUUUGGAGUCAAUUAUAUACAUUGUUAAUGAGAACAUUUUUAAUAUUAUGGCGAGAUAAAUCACUUACAGCAAUGCGUUUAUUAAUUCAUGCUGCAAUGGGCCUAUUUGUUGGAACACUUUAUUAUGGUAUUGGAAAUGAUGCUAAAAAUAUAUUUAAUAAUUUUCGAUAUAUUUUCUUUACAAUUAUGUUUAUUAUGUAUACUGCAUUCAGUUCGAUUAUUAUAAAUUUUCCAUUAGAAUUUAGAAUUGUGGCCAGAGAACAUUUCAACAGAUGGUAUUCAUUAAGAGCUUAUUAUGUAUCACUUGUUUUAGGUGAUAUUCCAAUUCAACUCCUGUGUACAUCAAUAUUUGUUGGAAUAUCAUAUACAAUGACUAAUCAACCAAUGGAAUUCCAAAGAAUAUCAUUAUUUUUUUUAAUGGUUGUUUUAUCAGCAUUAGUUGCACAAAGUGUUGGCCUUACAAUUGGAGCUUUUUUAAAUGUUAAGCAUGCUGUUAUAUUUGGACCAUUUGUUAUAUGCCCAUUUUUAAUAUUUUCGGGAUUUUUUAUUCAAUUAAAAGAUUGUCAUGAAAUGAUGCAUUGGCUAUUUCAUAUAUCAUUUUUGAAAUAUUCUCUGGAAGGUGCAACUUUAGCAAUAUUUGGAUAUUCCCGUCCAAGAAUGCAAUGUGAUGAAAUAUUUUGUAUGUUUGUUAGACCAAAGAGAUUUUUACAAGAAGUUGGUAUUGAAGAUGGAAGUUAUGAAAUUUCUUUAAUUGUAUUAAGUUUUUUAUUUUUAAGUUUAAGAAUAUUAGCAUUUUAUAUAAUGUCAUUUAGAUUAAGAUUAUUUAGAUGAAAUUUAUGUUUUUUUUUUUUGAUUUUGUUUUUUGAAAUUUGUAUAGUUUGUACAAUAAGUAUUUGUUAUGUCUGCAAAUUGUUGAUAUAUAUUUAGAAAAUUUGAUUUAUAUGAUAAUUUCUAGACAUACAUUUCGAAGAACAAUGAAAAAUUUACACAAACAGAAGAGUUACUAAUAGUAAAUUUUUAGUACAAAAAUUUUAAAUUAUAUAUGAGAGUAAAAUUAUAAUAAACAAU